ACAAAGUGCAACUUCUAGACGGAGGAGUUGAGAUGUCCAGUGUCACUUUCACGUCGGCAGACGCAAUAUAUUGUGUAGUCGCCGAUAGUCAACAAGAUGAUUGGUUUCCUAGUGCUUGUAGUUUUAUUCAGUGCCAUACUCCAGUUUCCCAGUGAAGUGAUUGAAAAUGUCGGUGGUAAAAUGCCCAGUCUGCUGGGCAGAUUCGGACACUCGGCUAAAUUGAGUUCAGAAGAAGAAAUGCGCACCGGUCGCUUCCUCAAGAAAAUAGCUUCUUAUCGGGGCAAGCCCACCGGCAACGCUAACGGCAAUAAAUAUUUAUCCAAAAUGAGAAGUGUCAAUCCGCUGUCGACUUUCAUGCCGUGCGAAUCGACCAACGGAGAAGACUCGGGAAUUUGUCUCAUUUCUCCCGUCUGCUCCUAUUACGGAGGCAAGGCCACCGACGGAUUCUGCAAAAUGGGAUUGACUUGUUGCGUCAAUGAGGUGAACUCUUGUGGGCCGCUGAUUACGUUUAACAACACUUACUGGCAAUCACCGGCCAUCAUCAGUUCGGAGAGCAGUUGCGGAUUGACAAUCAAAUUGGACCAGCAUCUCAUCGAACAAAAGAAGCCAAUCUGCCAGAUACGACUCGAUUUCCUAACGUUUUCGCUUGCGCAACCCAAUGCGGAAACCAUUUGCAGCGUUGACAGUUUUCAAGUGGCUGGAGCUGUUAACAAAAUCCCGGCCAUUUGCGGAGACAAUAACGGCCAGCACAUUUACUUGAUGCUCCCUCGCAUUUCGUCAAGUGUUCAGAUUGUUAUGACAUUCGGCACUUCCAACAUCCAUCGCAUGUGGAACAUCAAAAUUGCUCUACUACCUUGCGACGCGGAUUAUUUAGCUCCGGAUGAUUGCCUGCAGUAUUUCACCUCUCCAGUGGGUUCAAUCAUGACAUUCAACUGGAAGGAUAAAUCCAGCCGGAUAACCCGUCAACUGGCCGGCCAGGAUUAUUACAUUUGCUUCCGGACGGAACUAGUCAACAAUCACGCGAUCGCUCAGGUGGCUACUGCCCUUUGCCUUUCACACUGUGAGGUAUCCAGCGGUCUGCCGUUUAGUCUAUCCGGGAAUGUUCCUGGAACUAGCCAAGCCGCAGGUGAUGAAUCGUGCACCAACGAUUACAUCGUCUUCCCCGGAGGAUUCAGUCUGCCGCCGACCAUUCCAAUUAAACAGCGGGAUCGUUUUUGCGGGACCACUCUGUCACAAGUCGGGUCCGGCAACAUCUCCCAAACGAUUUGCAGCACAGCCAAGCCCUUUCGAUUGCUCUACCGGACGAAUGGGGACGAGUCAAUCACUCCCGUCGUCGAUGCUAAUCCGCUUCUAGGCAAUCAAGGAUUCUGCUUGAAAUACGAACAGAAAUUCAAUUUGGAAAUCGAUCGCCCACUUGAGAACGAAGAUUAAGAAUAGAUAUAUGCCCUGUGAUGACGACGCAUAUCGAUUCGAGCUGUCUGAGCGCGCCAUAUUCAAAUAUUCAUUUAACUGUGUACAGUUUUUCGUUUUAAUUCAAUCCAAGAUUUGAAAAAAA